GGAGAGCCUCAGCCUUUUUCACAUUACUGAGAGACUGCGCCGAAUAACAACGCCUGCUGCUCGGUUAUUUAGACUUAUUUGUGAUUAAAUUAGUGUUUCUUAUUCCUCAGGGUGCUUUAACUCUGCACAAUGACCGCCCUGUCGCUGCUUUUGAUGGCGGUGUCGGCCGUAUCUGCACUGGCCGACUCCAAUAUAUAUAUGCGAGAGCAAUUUGAAGAUGGGGAUGCCUGGAAUAGUCGCUGGGUUGAAUCCAAACACAAGACCGACUACGGCCAGUUUGUCCUGACUGCAGGGAAGUUCUACGGAGAUGCCGAGCAAGACAAAGGUCUGCAGACGAGUCAGGACGCUCGCUUCUACGCCUCCUCGUCCCGUUUUGAUGACUUCAGCAAUAAAGGCGAGCCCCUGGUGAUCCAGUUCAGCGUGAAGCACGAGCAGAGCAUCGACUGUGGGGGGGGCUACAUCAAGCUGUUCCCCUCCAGCCUCAACCAGGAGGAGAUGCACGGAGACUCCGUCUACAACCUCAUGUUCGGUCCGGACAUUUGCGGCCCCGGCACAAAGAAGGUUCACGUCAUCUUCAACUACCAAGGCAAAAACCAUCUGAUCAACAAGGACAUCAGGUGCAAGGAUGAUGAGUACUCCCACCUGUACACGCUGAUCUUGAACCCCGACAACACGUACGAGGUGAAGAUCGACAACAAGAAGGUGGAGUCUGGCAGUCUGGAGGAGGACUGGGACGUCCUGCCGCCCAAAAAAGUGAAAGACCCCGAAGCCAAGAAGCCGGAGGACUGGGAUGACCAGGAGAAGGUCCCCGACCCGGAAGAUCAGAAACCAGAGGAUUGGGACAAGGCAGAGAACAUUCCCGACCCCGACGCUAAGAAGCCCGAAGACUGGGACGAAGAGAUGGACGGAGAGUGGGAGCCGCCCAUGGUCGCUAACCCUGAAUACAAGGGAGAGUGGAACCCCAAAGAGAUCACUAACCCGGCCUACAAGGGCAAGUGGGUCCACCCUGAGGUCGACAACCCGGAGUACACCGCUGAUUCUGAGAUCUAUAAGUAUGACAGCAUCGGCGUGAUCGGACUCGACUUGUGGCAGGUGAAGUCCGGCACCAUCUUUGAUAACUUCCUGAUCACCAACGACCCAAAGCUGGCAGAGGAAGUGGGAAACGACAUGUGGGGUAAAACUAAGGACGCGGAGAAGAAGAUGAAGGAAAGCCUAGAGGAGGAGGAGAGGAAGAAGCGCGAGGAAGACGACAAUCAGAGGGACGAGGCGAGGGAGAAAGACGAGGAGGAAGAGGAGAAGGAUGAGGAGGAGGAAGGAGACGAAGAAGAAGAUGAUGAGGAGGGAGAUGAAGAAGAGCGGGAGGAGGAAGAAGAGGACGAUGAAGACACAGACUCUAAACUCAAGGAUGAGUUAUAAACUCCAACGCAGGAAGUGACUCUGUCAAUGAGCCGUAGAGUGGUGCAGGAAUGAGUCAGCAGAACCUGGAAAUGAGUCAGCAUUUUAGCACUUCCUGUCCCCUCGUCUGGAAGUCGAUGGUUUUUAGAUUUUUGGUUGUUAGCCUGAAAUAAGGUCUGUGGUCAACACAAGCUGAAGAGAUUUUUACGUUUUGUUCUACGACAUAAAAUACGUCAGUUAAUACCCCACUGGUGCAUUUAAAAACAGCGGUUGCUAACAAGUGUAUAAAUGAGACGACUAAACGUCAUCACGCUCAACAUUAGCCACCUUUAGCUUAGCGGUGGUGGUGGUGUGACGUCAUGUGACCGUGCUGUAGUUCCUUUAUAGCCCAACAUUAGCUUUUUACUUCAGAAAUCAUAAGUGGUGUUAAAAUGUGGAGAUUAUUCUGCUGAACAAAACGUGUAAGUAUCGUUAACGUUUGUUUGACACGGAGUUUAUUUUUGCAAUAAUCCAAAAUCACAUGGAGUAAUUCCAUUGACUUUUUAGCUGAGGGAAUCAGGGAGAUGCUGCCUUCAUGGUCCCGAACAGAAAUAUGACAUCCCUGCACCACUCUAUAGGAAGGAGAUGAUCGACCCUCAUGACUGACACCCUGGGGUGGGAGGGUUUUUUUUCAUUUGUUUGUUUACAAAAUAAGGAAGAAGAUGAAAAAAAGGGCAAUUAUUGUUCUGGUUCCAUGUGCUACUACUACUAUAAUUAUUAUAAAACGAGGAAUAGUGAUAGAAAUAAUUUUAAAAAAUCUUAAAGAACAGGAAUUCAAUCGGUUUACACCCAAACAAAAAGAUAUAAAUUGUCAUUCAUGGAAAAACACUAAGGUUUUUAUGAAGUAUAAUGAAAGACUGUAUUUGGUAUGUGGAUAAUACCAUGGUUUUGUUUACCUCAUUUGUAUGUCUUAAUAAUAUGUGUUUUAUUUUGUUGCUUUUUUUGCUGCCUGUCAUGUAACUACCCCUUUAAAACCUGUCAAUCUCAAAGGACAUUAAUAGAUGUCAAUAUGCGGGUUAUUUUACCUGCUUUUAUUUACAAUUCUGGAUUAAAACAAGGAAUAUGAUGCAAGAUAUUUGACAACCUGUUGAAAAAAAGUCAAUCGGAUGGUUAAUCGGGGUAAAAUGAAAUCCCUUGCAUAGUUUUGUACUGUAUAGCUUUUGGACUUCAAUGCACAUACUGUAGUCUUGUGUGUUUAAUUAAACUGUGCUGAAUCUCAGACGUACAUUGAGAGCACUCCAGUAGCAGGUUAGCUUUCAUUCACUUUGUUUUUUCUCAUAAUACGUAUACACAGAGUUUAUUAUUGAUAUCUCUGCACUGCUGUUCCCCGACACAUGACCCCCCCGUCUGAGAGGAUCCUUUUGUAAACACACAUUUUGUACUAAUGCUAGUAAAAGUGGAAGUGGGAAGAUUUUCAUGUUGCUGUGUAAAAAAGCAAAAACAAAGACAGGUGUUCUGCUCAAUAAAACCAACCAGUGGAAAAUA